AUGGCGGACUCGCUGUCGACAGGUCUGGGAGAAGAGAAAGAGAAAGAGAAGGAGGACAGGGAGAGGGACAGAAAGACUGCAAAAACCGAGAAGAACAAGGAGAAGGACGAAGUCACGGAAACGCUGGGGUUCAACGAUAAAAAUGGCGGCAGUAAGGGCAAGAAACGCAACCUGUCAGACUUGUCUCUGGUCAGAUUUAUAACUACUGAGCUCACCAGAGGCUAUUUCCUGGAACACAAUGAGGCCAAAUACACAGAGCGCAGAGAGAGGGUCUACACUUGCCUCCGCAUCCCCAAGGAGCUGGAGAAGUUGAUGACAUUCGGCUUCUUCUUGUGUCUGGAUGCCUUUCUCUACGUGUUCACGCUGUUGCCCCUCAGAGUUAUUCUGGCCCUCUUACGACUCCUCACACUGCCAUGCUGUGGCCUCAGUGGCUCCCGCCUGCUUCAACCAGCCCAGGUGUGUGAUGUGCUGAAAGGCUUCAUUAUGGUAUUGUGUUACUCAAUGAUGAGCUACGUGGAUUAUGCCAUGAUGUACCACCUCAUCAGGGGACAGUCUGUCAUCAAACUGUACAUCAUCUACAACAUGUUAGAGGUGGCGGACCGCCUCUUCUCAUCAUUUGGCCAGGACAUCCUGGACGCUCUGUACUGGACAGCAACCGAACCCAAGGAGAAGAAGAGAGCGCACAUCGGCGUGAUUCCUCACUUCUUCAUGGCCGUGCUCUAUGUCUUUCUCCAUGCCAUCCUCAUCAUGGUUCAGGCCACAACCCUCAACGUAGCCUUCAACUCCCACAACAAGUCUCUGCUCACCAUCAUGAUGUCAAAUAAUUUUGUGGAGAUCAAAGGAAGUGUGUUUAAGAAGUUUGAAAAGAACAACCUUUUCCAGAUGUCAAACAGUGACAUAAAAGAGAGGUUCACCAACUACAUCCUUCUGCUCAUCGUCUGUCUGAGAAACAUGGAGCAGUUUUCAUGGAACCCUGACCACCUGUGGGUGCUGUUUCCCGAUGUAGUCAUGGUGAUAGCCUCAGAGGUUGCCGUGGACGUUGUCAAGCAUGCUUUCAUCACCAAGUUCAACGACAUCAGUGCUGAUGUAUACGGAGAAUACCGAGCCAGCCUCGCCUUUGACCUUGUCAGCAGUCGACAGAAAAAUGCUUACACAGACUACAGUGACUCAGUAUCCAGGAGAAUGGGCUUCAUCCCGCUUCCCUUAGCUCUGCUGUUGAUCAGAGUAGUGACCAGCUCAGUGAAAAUCCAGGGUUCACUCUCCUUUAUGUGUGUGCUGCUGUUUUACUUGGGGAUGAUCACUCUAAAGGUGCUCAACAGUAUCGUUCUGCUGGGGACAUCUUGUGUGUUUGUCAAAGAGGCCAAUAUGGAAGAAAAGCUCUUCGACCCUCCACCUUCUGUCGUCUCCAGCCGUGCAAACUCCAGAGCUAACCGGACCAAACACGUUCACACUUCACCACAGCAAGAACCCACAGCUGACAAAGGAGGAAUAUCACUGGUAUCAGACAAUGCUCAGCCCGCCACCGUCGCAGAAAGCUCUGCUCCCACACUUCCCAAAAGCGACUCGGACACAUUCCUGACAACGCCUGACGAAGAGGACGAUGACAAAAUUAUCAAUGCUGACACAGGACUGGAAGGAGACGGUCUCAAACCCAGAACACCCAAGAAAGACUUGCUGGAGAUAGACCGCUUCACCAUCUGUGGCAACCGAAUAGACUGAACGCCAUAGGAAUAGCCAGUCAGUGUCCUGGAAACACAGCAAGGUUCAGGGAUCAGAUACGGGUCAAGGAGCAUGCUCAGACCGGACUUAUUCUUGUGCAUCUGACCCCUGGAGUAUUUAUUUAUUUAUUACUGACAAAACCAGCCGUGGCAUAAAGCUGUUACACGCAUCAGAGGUCGCUUCAGAUGUUUCCAGCUGAUCCAGUCCAUUUCCCGUUCAUCAGGUAGACUCUGAUGAUAUUCUGUUGUCAUCAUGGCAACCUGCAGAAAUGCAAAUUGAUUUCAGCAAUGCGGAAAACUGGUGUACACAGCUGGAGCGGAGCACAAAGAGAGAAACAAAACUACAUAUGUGAAAAUGUGUGUGAUCCUAGGAACGUAACAGCUGGACUGUGCAAGUGGGUGUUCAAAAGCACAAUCAUAUGUACAGUGCGGAGUUGUUUUUAGACAGAACAAAAACUUGUCAAUUUUUUAAUUUUUUAAUUUCAAAUGUCUGAAAAAUUCUAAUAUUUCAAACGAAGUUUAUAUGAAAAACGUUUUUUCUAGACUCGACCGUGUUCAGCUGCAGGAUUAAGACUCACUAUCACAUGAACACAUUGUUGAAAACUCAAAGUCGUUCUACAGACACACACACCAACACAAAUUUAAAGAGGUUGUUUUUGAAUUGAGUUACUGUGAGGAGCUCAGAUGUCCAUAGGUGAAGUCCAACACGUUAAACAUGGCAGCAGUGACACUAUGUACAGUCUGGCAUGAGUGCAUUGUGCUUGGGUUACACAGUUUGGACUUUUACUUUUAGACACAGAUAAAAGUUUUGAGGUUUUAGUCUCAUGCCAUUUGUGUUGCUAUUUGAAGCACUGAGACAAGACAGUGCCGGUUUGUGAAAGCGCUAGUAUUAUUUUGAAGUGACCUCCAAGCCAAACAGGUUUGGCAGAUAUUUCUUUUUAAAGUUUUUUUUUUUUUUUUCAAUAUGGUUCAUGUGUACUCUCAUCACUCAAGCAUGCAGCCUCGGAUAAUCAUUACAACAACAUAGGCAUAUAGCAAUUUUUAUAUUGGAAACUGUGAUCUUAAGAAAUGUCUUGGUGAGGUACCAUUGUGUGCUUGCUCUCAUUUUGAAUUCAUGGUGUGUGACACCAGCAUCAACUUAACAUGUUUUCCAGUUCUUCAUCAUUAUUUUGACACUGAUAUGAAAAAUAAUUAAGAUUACAUGUUUGCAGGUAAAAUGGUCAAGUGUUGUGUCUGAAGGCGUAGACACAGAUGUUAGAGUGAGUCACAUCUAAAUGACAGGAAAGAGGAAAAUAAUAGCACUGUAAUUGCAUGAAAGCAGUGAACGCAGCAUUUGCCAUAGCGCUGUACUUGAGGAAAAAUCAGGUUUGGUCUGUAAAAGUUGUUGGCAUCGUUUGGUGUGGUUGGCUUCUGGCUGUGAGCAUUGGAAGACACAGGCUUACUAAACAGUCUUGGAUGCCGUGAAAGCUUGAGGCAUUGUUUAAUCAGGUAAGCGUAUUAAACAACUCCGUCUGCUCUGAAGUGCCAGGAGUUGCAUGUCAGGGGCAAAAGUUAAGUCCAACCAAGCUCUCAUUUUUGCCUCUCAUGUAUUAUCAUUACAUGCAAGCCACCGUGCUAUACAUUUGUUUUGUUUUGUUUUUGGAAAAAUACCAGGUGAUCUUUGAAAAACCCAGAAGCCCUUUUGACAACUUAUUGCUGUUCUGAAGCUUAAUGAAAAAGUUUGCUGCCAAUAACAAUUUUAACCAGUUUUCAAGUCAUAGCUCUGUUUUCUUAAUCCAGAGUUGCUAGCCAAAAAUAGCAUAUCUCCUUGCUCAAUUUUUACUUGAACCAAAAUUUAGGUUUUAUUAUUAGAACUACACUAUUUGUCUGUAUUGCUGUUUCUUUGUAUUAUCUUAAGUUUUUGUACAAAAUAACAUGUUUAUAUUUUUCUUGUGUCGUGCAAAAGUAAGUAAGAAAUUAAUUAAUUUCCAGCUAUCUGGGAAGGAAUUAGAGUUGCAACUUGAAAAAUAGGUUACAAAGGUCUUGCACAACAUAAAGUCAUAGUGACGUGUGUGUAAAUCAACAACUCUUGACUGGGAAACAAACACUUUCAGUUACAUUGCAGUGCACAUCAUCAGUUCAUCAGCCAAAAAAAAUUAUUAAUUGAGUACAAGUGAUGGACAGUGUGGGGUUCCCUCUGAACAGAAGAAAAUGUUGUUAAUGGAUGUAAAAUGGAUGCUAAGCUUUGCUGUGACUCAGUGGUUGUACAUGAGAGGCACAAACCUGGCAUAAGUCGAACCUCACUAUAGGAGGACAGUCAAUACAGUGACAUAACUGCAUACUUGCAAAUGAAGGAUCAAGAGUGUGUAUGUGUCGGUAUGUGUCAGUGUGUGUGUGUGUGUGUGUGUGUGUGUGUGCGUGUGUGUGUGUGAGAGAGAGAAAUUGCAGUGUAUGAAUGGUUCUCACUGCUUAUGUAUGAAUCAGAUAUUGAUGUUUUUAUUUUUCAUGUACAAACCAUCUGUGUAAUGCAU